AUUUGUAAUUUAAUAAUACCUGAACAACAGGAUUUUAUUUUAUGUUUUAAUAUGUCUGGAAAUGAGUCUGCUGAUGAGCAAAGUGAAGACGGAGAGUUACGUCAAAGCCCUAUUGAUCCUAAAUAUGCACCAGAGCCAGAAACUAUGGAUUUUAGCAUUUCGGAGGAAGAGGAAGGCGAAACAGUAGAUUCUCUAGAUAUAAAACCACCGCAAGCUAAAGCUUCUGCACAAUCCAAAACCAAAAAGAGAGAUCAUGAAAGAAGGAAACACACAGAUAGACGAAGAGAUGAUAGACAUUCUCAUAGAGAUAAGCAUCAUAGGGAAAAACCGAACAGAUCUCUGAAGGACCGCGAACAGUAUCAAAGGGACAAAGAACGGUACUAUAGGGAAAAGCAUUUCGAACAACAAGCGGCUGGAUUUGAAGCGCCGUUCAGAGAAAGAAAGGACGAAAAGUCCCGAGGCCGGCAUUCCGAUCAACGCAAACACGAAGAAAAAAAAUUAAAAGAAUCCAGACAUAGGGAUGUGGAGAAACGAGAAUAUUUCGAGGAAACCAGGAAAUCCAAGGGCGAUAAAGACCUGAACGAUUUGAGAGAACGUUUGUUGAGCAAAAGAAAAGGGGAAUACGUUCCCGGCGGUAGAGAUAAAAGUUCCAGAAAGGACAGGAAGCACAGAGAACACUUAGAAGAUCCGUUGCAAGGCGAAGCCGGAAUGCUGGUCAAAGAGAUCAUCAGUUUGACCACAGAAGAAAAGAAAAAGAUCCACAAGGACGACGAUCCGAAAAUGACGGAGGAAGAGAGGGCCGAAACGGAACAAAGAAAGCAAAAAUUUUUAGAGGCUGCAAAAGAAAUGUCCAGAUUGAAAGAGCAAUCUAGAGUGGAACGUGAAAGGCGGCAAGAAAAAGCAUCCAAACGGAAACACGAAGAAGACGUCUUCGGUAAACGGCAAAAAGUCGAGGAAGCCCCCGUCGUAGUAUCCGAUAAUUCGGACGGCGAGCAAGAGGAAAUCUACCAGCCCAAUACGUACGAAAGCGACAAGAGCCCCGAGGAGGAGCCCAGUCCUUCUCCAGUACCCAGCGAGCAUUCGAGGAUCAGCUCUAGAUCUGGAGGGGACGAAAGUCCGUAUUCGGAUGAUCGCCGAUCGGCCACGAGGAGCCGAACGAGAAGCCGCAGCCCGAGAAGCGGCAGCAGAAGUCGCAGCGACAGCGACAGAUCUAGGUCCAGGUCGCCGAAAAGCGACGAUAACGAUGAAGAAAUGUUGGACGAGGAAAAAGAGAAAGACGACAAGAGCGCGGAUAAGCCCAAACCGAAGGUCGACGAGAGUCUACCGCCUUAUUAUCCGGCGGUACAGGGUUGUCGAUCCGUCGAGGAAUUCCAAUGCCUGAACCGUAUCGAAGAAGGCACCUAUGGCGUGGUAUACAGGGCGCGCGACAAACGCACCGACGACAUCGUCGCCCUCAAACGCCUCAAAAUGGAAAAGGAGAAAGAGGGCUUCCCGAUCACGUCGCUGCGCGAAAUCAACACGCUACUCAAGGGUCAACAUCCCAACAUCGUGACCGUACGAGAGAUCGUCGUCGGCAGCAACAUGGACAAAAUAUUCAUCGUGAUGGACUACGUCGAGCACGAUCUGAAGAGUCUGAUGGAGACGAUGCGGCACAAGAAGCAGCACUUCAUGCCGGGCGAGGUGAAAUGCCUGCUCAAGCAGCUGCUGUUGGCCGUGCAGCAUUUGCACGACAACUGGAUCCUGCACAGGGAUCUGAAGACGUCGAAUUUGCUGUUGUCGCACAAAGGCAUUCUCAAAGUGGGCGAUUUCGGCUUGGCCAGAGAGUACGGGUCGCCGUUGAAGGCUUACACGUCCAUCGUGGUGACGCUGUGGUACAGGGCGCCGGAAUUGUUGCUGUGCGCCAAGGAGUACUCGACGCCCAUCGAUCUGUGGUCCGUCGGUUGCAUAUUCGCCGAGUUGGUGCUGAUGAACGCUCUGUUUCCCGGAAAAUCGGAGGUCGAUCAGUUGAACAGGAUAUUCAAAGACCUCGGCACGCCGAACGAAUCGAUCUGGACCGGCUUCAACCAGCUGCCGGCCGUCAAAAAAAUGAAAUUCAACGAAUACCCGGUGUCGAACUUGCGCGCAAAAUUCGGCAAUCUCAGCGAGUGCGGUCUCGGCUUGCUGAUCAAAUUCCUCACGUACGAUCCGAAGAAGAGGGCGACCGCCGAAGAGGCGAUGUCGCACGUAUACUUCAACGAGCCCCCGUUGCCCAUCGAUCCCGCCAUGUUCCCCACGUGGCCGGCCAAGAGCGAGCUGGGCCAUAAAAGAGCGCUGGCUGCCAGCCCGAAGCCGCCGUCCGGUGGCGGGGAAUAUAAGAAGCUGGGCAAGGAUGGGGACGAUGACGGGUAUGGGUUCAGGCUGGGGAUGGGCAUGGAGGGACGAAGAGGAGGCGCCGGGUUCAGUUUGAAAUUUUGAUCGGUCAACGUUUCGUAAUAUAAAUCCCACAGGAUUUCAGUAUGAGAGCAAGAUUCAAAAAUACUGGCCCUUAUGUAUUUAAAAGGAGAUAACUUUACUGUAAUUAUG